CUAGCCUUUGGACUUCUUCGAAGAAAAGCUGAUUUAAUCAUUUUAUUUGAACUGCUAUAAUAUAAGAGCUGUCUGUAGCUGUCUGGAUUCUGAACUAGCUUUUAAUUUUUUUUUCUUUGAAAAAUAUCUACAGACUUCUAAUCUCGCUGGAUAUAUGUAUAUUUAAUAAUGGCGAAUGAGAAUAUGCUUCCAGCCCAAGAGGCUGCCAAAAUCUACCACACCAAUUAUGUGAGAAAUGCCCGGGCCAUCGGUGUCUUGUGGGCUGUUUUCACCAUAUGCUUCGCCAUCAUUACCGUGGUGGUCUUCAUUCAGCCCUACUGGAUUGGUGAUAGUGUAAACACCCCGCAGGCUGGAUACUUUGGGCUUUUUCACUAUUGUAUUGGCAACCCCAUCACCUCCGAAUUGGUCUGCAAAGGAAGUGUGUUUGAUUUUGGUUCGAUCCCCUCAGGGGCUUUCAGGACUGCUAUGUUUUUUGUAGGCACCUCAAUGCUCCUUAUCGUAGGCACCAUUGUGUGCUUGGGUCUUUUCUUCUUCUGCAACUCUGCAAGUGUGUACAAGAUAUGCGCAUGGAUGCAAACAUCUUCAGCUGUGUUGAUGGUGAUGGGUUGUAUGAUUUAUCCGGACGGCUGGGAUGCCCCGGAGGUAAAGCGGAUGUGUGGUGAGAGGACAGACAAGUACACGCUGGGGAACUGCACCAUUCGCUGGGCUUAUAUUUUAGGCAUUAUCAGCAUCCUGGACUCAGCGUUACUGGCACUGCUUGCUUUCACUCUGGGCAACCGGCAAGACAAUCUGCUGCCAGAUGACUUCGAGGUGGAGGGUAACGGUAAGAGAAGUAUUGGAAUGAUUUUGAGAAUAAUUAAAAUGUAUUUACAACUCAUAAUUUAGAGCAGAACAUUAAGUUACACUGGCUAUGAAUUGGACAGAAUGUGCUGAUGAAUUUAUUAAUGUAUCAUUAGAUUAAUAAUAAAAUAAUUAUCCAUAAAUCAUGUCAAGUAUCUAUCCUACUAAAUAAUUCAUGACUAUAUUUAGGUUGCAGUAACUUGAAGAAUUUUUAAACGCACAAUUUUAGUGUUGUUGUCUCCUUUUGUUUAUAGAUAAAGCCUGAAUCCAAAAGAUCUGAACUGCAGUGGACACGGAACUGGACAUUUAUAGUAAAUAACUUUUUUUUUUUUUUAACUGAAUCCCAGAUUGACAAACCCAGUUUUACUGUACUAAAUAGCUAUUGAAACAAUCAAUUGUUUUGCACAUACUUAGCAAUAUAACAUCUUGCUUUAAUCUUUACUUUUAUCUUUCCAAAAGAUCAGUGUGUAUUACAAUGAAAAGU